GGGAAAAGCUGGGAAAAGUUUAAUAAACGGGAAAAGCAAAGGAGGGGGAUUUGUAUCUUCCCGAAAAUGUUUACACAAAAGGGAGAAAGCGAAUGAGGGGAAAGGUGGAAAAUAAGGCAAAUGCGGCAAAUAAGGUAAAUAAGGCAAAUAUGGAAAAUAUGCCAAGUGAGCCAAAUAUGGCAAAUGCGCCGAGUGGGCAGAGCGCGCCAAAUAACCCUUUGGGGGAGAAACCACACGGGAAGAACUGCCAAACGGAAGGCAGUUUUGCCUUCUCAAGUGGGGCAAAAAAAAAGAGUUGCGUCAUGCAGGGAAAGAACGUCCAACUGAAAAUAACCCCCAAGCUGAGAUCAGCGUUGGAGGCGGAAAAAAAAAAAAAAAGUUGUGCCAACCAAGUGCAAGCCGAACGAGUGCCGCCAUUCCAGGAGCUACAAACUGCGGAACAACAUAACCACCACCAAAAGCAUCACCAAAAAGGGAACAAAAUAUUCUCCUUUAAGAAGAAAGAAAAAAAGGCAAACACGCCUGGUGACAAGAGAAACACUAUUUGUGUAGAAAAAAACGCAUGUAAAAUACGCGAUGAGCAAGGAGCAAACACAGCAGCGGAUGGUCAAAAAAGCGUAAGCACAUUUUGCACGGAAGAGGAUUCCCCCAUAACAGGUGAACGAACACACGAAAAGGAAAAAAGCGAAGCAGGCUUUAAAAAAAAUAAAAAAAAAGAAACACAUGCUGGGAAUAAAAAAAACACAGGAAAGAAGUACGAAGAUAUUGUUUCAAAACUGUGGGAGUACAAAAAUGCUUCUCUGAUCAAUUUUUUAAAAAAAAUUAAAAGAGAAAAAUUUCACUCCACGGCCCAGAUUCUUAACGAGAAGUACUUGGAGAGAAGAAAGAAAAAGAGGGAACACCAAGGGGGAAAAAAAAAGGGGGCCAUUUACUGGGAACAAAGGGGAAGCCAAAGCUGCGACAUCGGUGGAAAUAAGAACGAAACGUUAGCGGUGAAGGUCCAACGGGUGAAUAUGCAGAAUGAUGAUUGCCCCUUGGAGGGAAGCCACCCAAGAGUAGGAAAAAAUCAAAACCCUAAUGAGAGGCACAAUUUUGGCCAAAAAAGGAAUAGCCCUUCCAACGUAAUACAAAUGGAAGGUGAAAAUAGCAAUACAUUUUACGAAACACAAAAUGACCAGCAUUAUGUGAAAAUUAACAGCAAGCAAUGCACACAAGGUGUUGAUAUAGACCAUGACUUCUUUUACAGCAGGAGUAACCCCAUGGGAAGAAAGAUGCCCAAGGAAGAGGUGCAGUCCAACCAUGUAUCCACCAGCAGCAAGGUGAAAAAGUUUUUCUUAAUUUUCUGCAAUGGGUGUUUAGUUGUAUUCUUAGGGGUUAGCAAUAACAUAUGCGGCAGGAUGAGGAAUAGGGUGCUGAACAAUUUUGACAGCUUGACUGCUUCGUACAAUGCUAUAGCCUACGUGGCGAUUUACUUGGUGCUGUGUAUUAUUUACUGCAAAUCGAGGAGCAUUACCAAGGAGCACUGGUCGUACAUAUAUCCGUGCUUGAGUAGGCACUUUAAGAAAAGGGGGAAGAGCGCUGAUGCCAGAGAGGUAGACAAGAAAAAGGAGCAGCCGGAGCAACCGGAGCAGCUGCGCGAUUGUACCAUUGACGUGAGGGAGCGGGAGGCCAUCAAGAGGAAGAAGAAAAUGAUGAAGCUGUUCUACAUUCACAAGAAGAGGAUAUACGAGCCGCUGCUGGAGGGGAGCAGGGGCGACGUGGAGGCGGGGGGUGGCAGUAUUAGCGGCAGUGUGAGCGGCAGUAUAAGUGAUAGCAUAAGUGGAAGCAUGCAUAACAGCAGGUGCAGUAGCAGGUUCAGUAGCCCCUGUUGUAGCGGAGCGGGUGGUCAUGGUGAUACCCCCACGGGGCGUCGAAGUGCCGGCCGAAGCAACGCCCAGAGUGGAGCAGCCAAUGCAGGGACAAAGUCAAGCCAGGGAAAAGACGCGCUAGCCGGGGAAGACAACACCAUAGGCAGCCACAGCGCGCUAUGCACAAGUGAGCGGCUCCCCCAUGAGAAGAAAGAAUCAAAUGAUGAAAAAACGCACACUCGCUGCCGUUGUAGUAGUGGCCUUGUGGAGAACUCAGAUGCGGAGGGAGGGUACUCAUUCAGCAAGCAAGACAUCAAGGACAUACUGGAGCAUUACCAACAUGAUAAACCGUAUGAUGAUACCCUCCGCUGCAGAGAGACAACGCAAAAUGGAGUGUAUUCAAGUGUAAAGAAAAAGUGGAGAGAUUUAGGGGCAUACAAAUACGUAGUCGUCAUAGCCUUAUUUGACAUAAUAUCAAACACGUUGUAUUUUGUAUCCCAGCUAGCCAUUCCGCUAACCAUCCUGCUGCUGCUGAACCAGUUGAAUUUUAUUUUCUCCAUUAUAUUAUCCUACUUUAUUUUGAAGAGGAAAUACAACAUUCAUCACGCGCUGUCAGUCAUCAUCGUGAUUGUGGGUUUCCUCUUCUUCUACAUUCCCUACGUGUAUAAGGAGAACACAGUAAUUACGAAGCAGACUAUGGUCAGCUAUUAUAUGAGCACCCAUUUUUACCUAAAUGUGAAUGAUGCGCUUCAUGACAGUGCUAGCUAUUUUAAUAGGUUCUACCAUUGUAAUGAACCCACGUGCAGUACGACCUCCCCGUUUGGCAUAUUCGCAUCUAUCAUUUUUUGCGUGCUCUCCAUUUUGCUCACAUCGUACGGUGGGGUGCUCAGGGAAAUAUUCUUCUCCGAGUAUGUAAAGGGGAGGGAGAAGCGUCACAAGGCGGUCAGCAUGAGGAAGGGAAGAAGGAAAUGCUCUCCAUUGUGUAGUGCCAUCUGCGCUCCGGAGCUGGGGGUACCACAGAAUGGCUUCUGCGAAAUGGAGACAGAAGAAAGGACAUCCUCUGGGGAGAGCAGCAAACAGGGGGGAAAGCAGACCCGAAGGAAAGAAUCAACUAUGGAGGACUAUCCCCUUUUUAAUAAACCUACAGAUGCGGAUACAAAUGGGUACAUGAUAGAUGUGCAGGAGUUAGCGGUAGGACCCCAAAGGGGGGACGAUGAAGUGUUAAGCGGAGUGUCUGUAUCCCACGCGAAUUUGAUCGUUGACGGGGUGGAUAGUACGGAGCGUCAUUUCGGAUCCCCCUGCCCCAUGUGCGGGAAGGGUGGGGGAGAAACAGGUGCACCCAAGGGGGUACUCAACAUUAUGGAGAAGGAACCGCUUCACAACUGGGUCGAAGUAGAGAAGGUCACCCCCAAAGGGGCCAUAGUGAAAAGAACGAAGAAAGGGAGAAAGGCCUCAGACAAAAUGAGCGUCAUCCUUUUAUCCUUCAACAUCUCGCUCAUUCAAAUUUGCUUACUCCCAAUGAUAAUAUACUUUCAACUUCUCUUUAACAAGAACAAGGAUGUUUCUUACUUGCUAUACAUUAAGGAUAGCAUCCAGUGUUUUUCAGGCCAUACGAUGGAGAAUAACUCCAACUGUAAAUACUCGUCUGGUGUGUACAGCCUCUACAUAGUGGUGAACGCUAUAUUCAAUUUGAGCGUGUCUUCAUUUUAUAGCAAUUACUCCUCAGCUGAGUGCUUCCUCAUUUUGAAGUCUUCCACUCCGCUCACUCUGGUCGUUUUGUAUUUUUACGACUUUCCGUUUAUCCUGGAGAGUGACAAAUAUUUUUCCAUUUAUUUUGUGAUCAGCAUCGUGAUCGUUUUUACAGGCGUGAGUUACUUCUUCUACCAGAGCAUCGCCUCGGAGAGGAGGAGAAAAAGAAGAAAAGUGGCCUCGUAG